AUGCAUCAGCCGCCACCUGACGCUGCCUACAAUGCACCUCACACCAACUCGAACGGCGUACAAUCGCACGGCUUGGACACAUUCACCUACCUGGGCCGCACCCUCUUUCGCACCGCCAAGGUCGACGAUGAAGUGUCCCACCGGACCUCCAAAGCUAGCCAAGCCUUCGGCCGUCUGCAAAACGCAGUCUGGAAUAGCCACGGUCUUCACCUCUACACCAAAAUCAAGAUGUACAGCACCAGACUGAAGAAGUGCAAGGCGGUCAUACUGCCGACGCUGCUGUAUGGAGCGGUAACCUGGAUGGUGCACAAGAAACAGACGCGAAGAUUCAAUCAUUUCCAACUCGGCUGUCUUCGACAGAUACUGAAGUUGGGAUGGCAGGACCGGAUCUCGGACACAGACAUACUCGAAUGA